UCACUGCCAGUCGCUAUGCAUGUAUCGCCAGCCACUUCUGGUAGUUUAACAACAGUUGGUGGAGAAAUGAAGAGAAAGAGGGAAGAAGAAAACAAAAACGGCAUGGAGAUAGUGUGGCAAACGCCGGCCAACCCACCUGAGAAACGCGAUUACAUCUUUCUCAACGGGAGGCGGCAUGUGAGGCCUUACUACUUCGAGUUCAUCUCUCAUGUUAAGAAUCGCUGGGCAGGAAAGACCAUCGUCGAUUUGUUCGCUGAAGAGUUCAAGGGCCGGCCUUAUGAUUACUAUGUUAAUGCUGUCAAAUGUGGACGGAUACAAGUUGAUGGAGAGAUGGUGCCCGUUUCAUACAUGGUUAAACCGUCGCAAAAGAUAAGCCACUUCUUACACAGGCAUGAACCACCAGUGAUGGCUGGGGAAGUUUCUAUCCUUCAAAAAGAUCCAGAUGUUGUAACCAUUUGCAAGCCAGCAUCUGUUCCUGUGCAUCCUUGUGGUCAAUAUCGUAAGAACACUGUUGUUGGCAUUCUUCAGGCUGAACAUGAUUUAUUCCCUCUAUUUCCGGUUCAUCGAUUAGAUCGGCUUGUCUCAGGCCUCCUUAUAUUGGCUAGAAAUGCUUUGAAGGCUGACCUUUUCAGGCAAGAGAUUGAAGCUGGGAUGGUGCAGAAACAGUAUGUUGCGAAGGUCAUUGGGAUAUUUCCAGAGGAUGAGCAAGUUGUUGAUGUUAACAUAAAUUAUAAUGCUCGAGAAGGAAGGAGCACAGUAGAGGUUGGUGAUUCUUGCGGUGAAUCUCCCACCAGAGGGAAGCCUGCAUGUACCAAGUUUACUAGGAUCAGCACCAAUGGAACUCACAGCAUUGUUUUGUGUAAACCUAUCACUGGCCGAACUCAUCAAAUACGUGCGCAUUUGCAGUAUACAGGCCAUCCCAUAGCCAACGACUUUCUUUACCUCUCCAAAAAUGCCACCAAUCGAUCUGCUGAAGGAAUGAGUGCUGAUAGAGCUGCACGUAGUUCAAGCUUUUGUCUAACAUCCCCGGAUUGUUGUUCUGAUAAAUGUGAAGAGAAUACCAGAGAAGAUUUCAGCAUUGAUCCAGUGUGUACUAACUGUCCAAAUUUGGCUCCAAAAGGGUAUGAUGGGUAUGAAGAGGGUUUAUGGCUCCACUGUGUCAAAUACUCCGGAAAUGGAUGGGCUUAUGAAUGCCCAUAUCCGGAUUGGGCAUUUCUUAGCCAAUGAUCUAUCCUUUUUUUUUCUUUAAAAAAAAAAAAGCCUGAUUAAUUAAUGAUCCUUGAGAAAAAUGUAUUGAUUAUUGAUUCUCGUUAUCGAAUGAAAAUAUUGCUUCUGAGAA